GGGAAAAAAGUAUUUGAUCCCCUGCUGAUUUUGUACGUUUUCCCACUGACAAAGAAAUGAUCAGUCUAUAAUUUUAAUGGUAGAUUUAUUUGAACAGCGAGAGACAGAAUAACAACAAGAAAAUCUAGAAAAACGCAUGUCAAAAAUGUUAUAAAUUGAUUACGCCGUGAUCAAAAAUGCUCAUAAACAAAGCGUUCAAGUAAAUCUAUACAGCGAAGCAAUAAAUAAAUAAAGCAAUAGGAUGUCCAACAAGCACAUAUGGGUGUCACGGUCAGGUGGCCACAUACUUUUGGCCAUAUAGUGUACAGAACUACUGCUAUGUGAGUGUCAAUGAGAGGCUGAAAAUGAUCCAAUCCACAAACCCAAAGAAGAGCUGCUCAGUGGUAUUCCUAUGGUGGUGUCUCUGGUGGCAUUGAUUAAAGGGAUAGAAGAAAGCUGAUUUGCACCUGCACUAAAAUAGAAUAUCUCUGUGUUACAAAUGUCUAUAAAGUGACAGAAAUUCAGUAACUCACUCUGAACUGUCCAGUUUACAGUUUCAGUCCCGCAGUAGAUCGUUCAGCAGGUUCACUCCUGGGGCUCCAUGUUUAUUGCCAUACAGAUCCAGCUCUUUCAGCUGUCAUGAGGUGUGUGUGUGUGUGGCUGUGUGUGUAUAAGACAGACACAGAGAGAGAGCGAGAGAGAGACAGAGAAAGAACUCAACGCAGUAUCUCCACGGUACAGUGUGGAUUCUGCAGUCCCUCAGAGAGCAGCUUCACUCCUGAAUCUGGCAGGUUAUUGCCCCUCAGAUACAGUUCCCUCAGACUGGAGGAUUUAGAACUGAGAACUUUGGACAGAAUUGCAUGGCUUUCCUUUUCAAGAUUACAUGAACGCAGCCUAAGAGAGAUGUAAUGAUAAAUCAGAACACUGACAUCUCAUCACACACACGGUGCCUUCUGAAACUACCUCACUUCUUCUGGUUUUGCUGCAAAAACCCUAACAAACAGAAGCUACAAGUACUUAAAUACAGUCACUUAUUUGGCUGUCUUAAUCAGAAAAGAAAGAUCCAAGAGAUCAUGGAAGUCAAAGGAAUCAAGUCUAGCUUUACCUCCCGAGCCUACAUAACAGCUCUGAUUAAUCACACAUGGAGCUGGCUAGGACAGGGGCUUGGGUGCCAAUAUUUAAGAGAGUAGUAAUUAACUGGCAUAUACAGGGCACCUCGCAACGGUGCAAUGGUUGCAGACCCCACUCCCCCUCCAGCUGCAGACCCCACUCCCCCUCCAAACUUUUUAUUCUCAGUCCAGAAGACAAGUGCUGUUAAUGAACUCGUAUUCAGAAUUUAAACAGAAGUGAUCUUUAUCUGCUGUUUCUGCUGUCUGUAUUGAGUGGAACAGGUCAUAUCCUGUCUCUCUAAAACUCCUCCCAUUAAGGAAGUACAGAGUCUGAGACGACUGCAGUCCUUUUGCAGUGUUCUGCUCUGGUGAGUUUAGUUUUAUUUUCGGUUUAUGGAGAAUUCUGAGUCUGGUUUUCAGCUCUGUGAAAGGAAGUGAUUACUAACUGGACCUGCAAAGUCAUAUAUUAACUUUAAACAAACCUGAAAUCAGGGUGUGAUUACUUUUGAUCAAAGUGAAAGUGGAUCUGAACAUUCGGACUGGAGAGAACAACAACAGCAGCAAAAUAAAAUGGCUUCUAAGUUUUCAGAGGAGGAUUUCUCUUGUCCUGUGUGCUGUGAAAUCUUCACGGAUCCUGUUCUCCUGCGCUGCAGUCACAGUGUGUGUAAAGUGUGUUUGCAGAAGUUCUGGGAGACCAAAGGAUCCAGAGAAUGUCCUGUUUGUAGGAGGAAGUCGUCUAUGAAUGAACCUCCCAGAAAUCUGGCCUUAAAGAACCUGUGUGAGACUUUCUUACAGGAGAGAAGUCAGAGAUCUUCAUCAGCGUCUGAAACAGUCUGCAGUCUGCACAGUGAGAAACUCAAACUCUUCUGUCUGGAUGAUCAACAGCCGGUGUGUGUGGUGUGUCAGACUUCAAAAAUACACACCAACCAUAAAUUCUCUCCCAUUGAUGAGGCAUUAACAGACUGUAAGGAGGAGCUGAAAACUGCUCUGAAGCCCCUACAGGAGAAACUGAAGAUCUUUAAAGACUGUAAACUGAACUGGAGUCAGACUGCAGAACAUAUAAAGAUUCAGGCCCAACACACAGAGCGGCAGAUUAAGGAGGAGUUUGAGAAGCUUCACCAGGUUCUACGAGAUGAAGAGGCAGCCAGGAUAGCUGCACUGAGAGAGGAAGAGGAGCAGAAGAGUCAGAUGAUGAAGGAGAAGAUUGAGAAGCUGAGCAGAGACAUAUCAUCUCUUUCAGACACAAUCAGAGGCGUAGAAGAGGAGAUGAGAGCCGAAGACGUCUCGUUCUUACAAAACUACAAGGACACAGUGAGAAGAGCUCAGUGCACACUGCAGCAUCCAGAGGAGCUUUCAGGACCACUGAUCCAUGUGGCAAAACAUCUGGACAACCUGAAGUUCAGAGUCUGGGAGAAGAUGCAGGAUGCUGUCCAAUACACACCUGUAACUCUGGACCCCAACACUGCUCAUCCUAAACUCAUUGUAUCUGAUGAUCUGACCAGUGUGAGAUUCAGUGAUGAGGAACAGAAGCUUCCUGAUAAUCCAGAGAGAUUUGAUGUUCAUGGCUGUAUCCUGGGCUCUGAGGUCUUUAACUCAGGGAAACACUGCUGGGACGUUGAAGUAGGAGACUGUACACAGUGGUUAGUGGGUGUGAUGACAGAAUCUGCUCAGAGGAAGGGAAAUAUAUUCUCCAGAAGUGGAAUCUGGUGUGUGUGGUAUUCUGAUGGUGAAUAUGGAACACGUUCUACACCACAGUCACACACUCUCCUCUCAGUAACACAGAAGCUCCAGAGGAUCAGAGUGCAGCUGGACUGGAACAGAGGAAAGCUGUCGUUCUCUGACCCUCUCACUAACACACACAUACACACUAUCACACACACAUUUACUGAUAAAUUACUGCCAUUUAUAUGGGUUGUUUGUAAUAAAUCUCCUGUAAAGAUCUUCCCACUUCAGUGCUCUGUAAGAGUGAAUCAGAUCAGUUAGAGCCGAUAUUGUUUUAUUCCAAUUCAUUAAUGAAAUAUUGCUGAUGAAAAGAUUCAUGUUCUUUGUGAAAGUCUGUUUUUACUGAAGCUCUGAACACUUCAUUGUGGAAUUUAUUUUGAAGUGUGUAACGACACAAGACGGUUAACAGGAAGUAAGCGCAGGAGCAAUGUCUUUAUUGAUAAACCAAGCAAACAAAACACAGGGAACGCGGUCUAUACUGAACUAGACUAGCUAGAUUAAACAUGGGACUAGAGUCUAGGCAUUACACGAAAACAGGACAUGGAAAUAAGACCGCUAGCAUGCUACACGCAUUCGCUACUACAUUCAAACAUAUAGAUCUAAUACUGCGCGAAGUGCACAGCAACACAAGGGGUUUAAAUAAUCAACAGAAUUAAACUAAAUCACCGACACCUGGAGUAAAUCAACCAAUGCUCGCACACAGGGAGAAUCAAAACAAACGAACCGCGCGUGUCCAUAUACAAGAGUCUCGUGCACGCGCGCUCAGCAGCAGUCUUUGCGCUUCGACGCCGCAGCGCCCUCUGCCGGCGGUAGCGUAACAAAGUGUUCUAUUAUUAUUUCGACUCGCCUUAUCAGUUACAUCAAAAUAAUGUGAAAACUCAAAAUAAUAAGAUAAUAUCUCAGAUAUUAAUAUAUCUUGAAAUUCCAAGAUAUUCAUUGAAAUAUUUUAAGUGAAAAUAACGAC